GCCUGGCGGUGCGCUGGCACACGGACUCGCGUCGCGGGACGGAGAGGUGUUGUGGGACUGACGCCGGGAGAAGGCACGCUUGUUGUGGUCCGCUUUCCGGAUAGACUAACCGCUCGUCAUGAAUCCGUUUUUCAAACUGCCGGGCCAUUUUGGCGUCUUCUUCCUCAUCCUUGCCGUCGUCGCUGCGGAAAACGGGCGCGCGCUGGCUGACGAUGUCGGCGGGGAGGUUGGAGGAGGGACCAGGCCGAGAGUGGCACGGAACGCCGUCCCGCCGUCCGGCCUGCCGCCGACGCGCUUCACCCCAGACGAGAUCCACCAGAUAGUCGGCGUCCACAACAACCUCCGCAGCAGCGUGACGCCUGGCGCGGCCAACAUGCAAUACAUGAAGUGGCAUGACGAGCUGGCGGCCAUGUCGCAGGCCUGGGCGGACCAUUGUGAGUUUGAGCACGGCCAGGUGGACGUGGAGUCGCCGCCGUACGGGCAGAUCGGGCAGAACCUGUGGAAGGGCUCCCCCAGGAUGUCCCGCAGCCCGCAGCCCAUCCAGGACUGGUACAACGAGGUGCUGGACUACCACUUCGACACCCUCACGUGUAACGAGGGUCGGGAGUGCGGACACUAUACACAGGUUGUGUGGGCUGAGACCAACCGGGUUGGCUGUGGCGUGAUGGAAUGUGACGGUUUCACCAUCAUCGUCUGCAACUAUGGACCCAUUGGUAAUCACCAAGGAGUCCCCCCGUACAAAGUGGGGACGGCCUGUACGAAGUGCGCCAGUGGUGCCGGGUGGUGCGACCACGGACUGUGCGUGGAUUGCCAAGAUGGAGAUUGUGAGUGUCCGCUGGUGUGUCAGAACUGUGGGGAACUGGACACGGACACCUGUACCUGCAGCUGUAAGGACGGCUGGGACGGACUGGACUGUGCAGAUCUGUGUAACAACACGUACGCAGGCUGCUACGAGAACCCGGGUUACCCGCAGGCCGCCUGUGGGAGGUUAGCCAUGCUGCAGACAGGCUGCAGGGAGAUGUGUGGGUACUGCGCGUUUGCCUCUGAAGACAGCGGGAACACCUGCUGUGGCGGGAAGAUCUGUCACAACGGCGGAGUGUUGGACACAGUGAAUGACUGCACCUGCACGUGUAUGAACGGUUUCCACGGAGAAAACUGCCAACAUGAAGACGUGGUGGAGGAGAGUCUGUCAGAGACGACCGGGCCCAGAAGUACGGCGGUGUCCGCUGGCGCUAGUCUGGCGCUGUUCGCCCUCAUACCGUUGGUGAAAACAUUCGCGUUGUGAUUCCCAGGCACUUGUGCGUUCUUAAACAAUUGACGAUUAGUACUAGAGGGCGUCAAUGUACCUGUACAAAGCUUCUCUGGUAUGACUGACUGCAGUCUCAGACGUUGUCGCUAGACUGCGCUAACGCACAGUACAUGUACUUGUGUAGUGAAUGACAUAUCCGCGAAGCGAAUGUUUAUCCAACAUGGUAAUGGGGACUGGACUGGAUAAGUAGUACCCUUCCAACAUAGCACAUCUAUGACUUGGAAACAAGCUUGUUACGAUUACAAGGUGUAUGGUGACUUGAAGGGUGUUACCCUCAUGAUGGUUCAGAGGCUAUAGAAGGCCCUAACGCUGGGUUGUAAAAAUUCCGUUCAGCUGUUGUAUUGUACAAAUAAUACUGACAAAAGUGGUGGUUAUGUUGAUAUAACCAUCGGUAUAGCCUUACCCUGACGGAAGACAGUGAGGUAUAAAAUCUCGCAAUGUCCUUUUAGUUUCUAAAACCGCCCUCCAUUUGGGCAUUGCUUUGCGCUACCUGCAGUGCCAGUGACUAUCGCAUGAGGCAUCGCAAAAGUAUAUGAUAAAAACCGGUGAUGUGACAGCUUACGUAGCUUCAAAUAAAACAGGUGUUUUAUGCAUUUACCUACAAAUCUAAUCUGUAAUUAAAGUCGUACAUGGUAUACGUCGGCAAUGCAUGUUGAGUUCCACUUUUUUUCCCGCUAGUAUUAUAGUAUAUCGAGAAAGAAAUUACUCGUUCUAACUUGGUGAUGUAAAGCAAUAACGUGUAUAGACCUUGCUUGUGUUACUUUCAUAACAAGAAUAUGGAUAAAUCACAUGCUUUGAUGCUCGUGGCUUCAUCACUAAGCUGAAAUCAAAAUGCAUAGAAUCGAUAUUAGAUCAAUGUACAGUAACAG